CUGUGGACACCACCAAGGAUCCGUGCCAGAAGGUGAAGUGUAGCCGCCACAAGAUCUGUGUUACCCAGGGUUACCAGAGAGCAACGUGUGUCAAUGUCAACCGGAAGAAGCUGGAGCACAGAAGCAGGCAACCUGUAGAGCUGAUGCCUCAUGAGAACACCUGUAAGCCCUGCCCUGUGGCCGCUGCCGCCCCUGUGUGUGGUACGGAUAAACACAACUACGCCUCUCAGUGUAAGUUGGAGCAGCAGGGCUGUCUAACAGGGAAGGAUCUGAGUGUGAAAUGCCAGGGCAUGUGCCCCUGUGCCACCGCUGCUGCCCCCAUCACAGAGACCGAGGACAAACACGCAGAGAGCUGUACCGGGCAGGACCUGGCAGACCUUGGAGACCGCCUCAGAGACUGGUUCCAACUGCUCCAUGGAAACGCCAAGCAGAACAACUCAGGCAAGCCUGGACCUGGCACCGCCUCAGUCCUGGACAAGAGCCUGGUGGCCAGCUGUAAGGAUUCCAUAGGCUGGAUGUUCUCUAAGCUGGAUACUAAUACUGACCUGUAUCUGGACCAGGCCGAGCUGGCAGCUAUCAACCUGGACAAGUAUGAGGUGUGCAUCCGCCCCUUCUUCAACUCCUGUGACGGCUACAAGGAUGGGAGGGUAUCCACCGCAGAGUGGUGCCUCUGCUUCUGGAGGGAAAAACCCGCUUGUCUGGCUGAACUAGAGAGGAUCCAGGUUCAACAAGUGGCCAAGAAGAAGCCUGGCAUGUACAUCCCCAGCUGUGAUGAGGACGGCUACUACAGGCAGCUGCAGUGUGACCAGAGCAUGGGAGAGUGUUGGUGUGUUGACCAGCACGGAGGAGAAAUUAUGGGCUCUAGAAUCCAUGGCAACCCUGACUGUGAUGAACUGCUGGGAUAUUCCGGAGAUUUUGGGAGUGGCGUGGGAUGGGAGGAUGAGGAAGAGAAGGAGGAGAACGGAGAAGAGGCGGAGGAGGAGGAGGAGGAAGAGGAAGAGGGGGAGGCAGACGACGGCGGAUACAUCUGGUAGAAACUGAACCUAAACGAAGGACCUGGUCAGGAUGGAUCCACCCUAUUCCCUAUGUAGUGCACUACUUUUGACCAGGUCUCAUAGGGACACCCAUAGGGGUCUGUCAAAAGUAGUGCACUAUAUAGGGAAUAGGGUGUCAUUUGGGAUGCAAGCAUCUUUGUCUCCUAACAGCAAAAGAUUUGGGGAUUUCGGGGCAUGGAAUUCUGUCUCUAUUGUCGCCGUGUGGAUCUGGGGAGUGGGAGGUG